AUCAAAUAACACCAUCACAACUACUUGUAUAAAAUGUCUGACGAACAAGAACCAACAACUCCAUCAACUAAGAGAGCCUUGGAAAGAAAGAAGCAACACGAAGAAUUGUUAGCUAAGGUCAAGUCUCAAAAGGAAAAGAAUAGAUUGAUCGUUGAUGAAGCCACCCAAGAUGAUAACAGUAUUGUAGGUGUUCACCCUGACACAAUGGAAGCUCUCGAAUUAUUUAGAGGUGAUACUGUUAGAAUUGUUGGUAAGAAACACAAGGAUACUAUUGCUAUUGUUUUAUCUGAUGAAGAAUGUGAAAGAGGUAAAAUCAAGAUGAACAAGGUCAUGAGAAAGAACUUGCGUAUUAGACUUGGUGAUGUUAUCAUCCUCAAGCAAUGUGCAGAUGUAAAAUAUGGUAAAAGAGUUCACGUCCUUCCAAUUGAUGAUACUGUUGAAGGUUUAACUGGUGAUCUCUUUGAUAUCUUCUUGAAGCCAUACUUCCUUGAAGCAUAUAGACCACUUAGAAAGGGUGAUUUAUUCAAUGUUAGAGGUGGUAUGAGAUCAGUUGAAUUCAAAGUUGUUGAAACCGAUCCAGAUGAAUAUUGUAUAGUUGCUCCAGAUACUGUUAUUCACUGUGAAGGUGAUCCAGUUAAGAGAGAAGAUGAAGAAGCAAGAUUGAAUGAAGUUGGUUAUGAUGAUAUUGGUGGUGUUAGAAAGCAAUUAGCCCAAAUCAGAGAAAUGGUUGAAUUACCACUUAGACAUCCACAACUCUUCAAAUCUAUUGGUAUUAAACCACCAAGAGGUAUUUUGAUGUACGGUCCACCUGGUUCUGGUAAAACUUUGAUUGCUAGAGCUGUUGCUAAUGAAACUGGUGCCUUCUUCUUCUUGAUUAACGGUCCAGAAAUUAUGUCAAAACUUGCUGGUGAAUCUGAAGCUAACUUGAGAAAGGCUUUCGAAGAAGCUGAAAAGAAUGCUCCUGCCAUUAUUUUCAUUGAUGAAAUUGAUUCAAUUGCACCAAAGAGAGAAAAGGCUAAUGGUGAAGUUGAAAGAAGAAUUGUUUCUCAAUUGCUCACUCUUAUGGAUGGUUUGAAUUCUAGAUCUAAUGUUAUUGUUAUGGCUGCUACUAAUAGACCAAACUCUAUUGAUGAAGCUCUUCGUAGAUUCGGUCGUUUCGAUAGAGAAAUUGAUAUUGGUGUUCCAGAUGAAAUUGGUAGAUUGGAAGUUUUGAGAAUUCACACAAAGAAUAUGAAGUUGGAUGAUGAUGUUGAUUUGGAAGCUGUUGCUAAAGAAACUCACGGUUAUGUUGGUGCCGAUCUUGCUCAAUUGAGUACUGAAGCUGCUAUGAAUUGUAUUAGAGAAAAGAUGGAUUUGAUUGAUUUAGAAGAAGAUACUAUUGAUGCUGCUGUUUUAGAUUCUAUGGGUGUUACUAUGGAUCACUUCAGAGCUGCUCUUACAACUCAAUCUCCUUCUUCACUCAGAGAAACUGUUGUUGAAGUUCCAAAUGUAUCUUGGGCUGAUAUUGGUGGUUUGGAAAAGGUUAAACAAGAAUUACAAGAAUUAGUUCAAUACCCAAUUGAAUAUCCAGAUAUGUUUGCCAAGUUUGGUCAAGAAGCCUCAAAGGGUGUAUUGUUCUAUGGUCCACCAGGUUGUGGUAAGACUUUGUUAGCUAAGGCUAUUGCUAAUGAAUGUCAAGCUAACUUUAUUUCAGUUAAGGGUCCAGAAUUGUUGACUAUGUGGUUCGGUGAAUCUGAAGCUAACGUUAGAAAUAUUUUCAAUAAGGCUAGAGCUGCUGCUCCUUGUGUCUUGUUCUUUGACGAAUUGGAUUCUAUUGCUAAGGCCAGAGGUGGUAGUAGUGGUGAUGCUGGUGGUGCUUCUGAUCGUGUUAUUAACCAAAUCCUUACUGAAAUGGAUGGUAUGGGUAAGAAGAAGAAUGUUUUCAUUAUUGGUGCUACCAAUAGACCUGAUACUAUCGAUCCUGCUGUUAUGAGACCAGGUCGUUUGGAUCAAUUGAUUUACAUUCCAUUGCCAGAUGAACCAUCAAGAAUGUCAAUUUUGAAGGCUUCUACCAGAAAGUCACCACUUGCUCAAGAUGUUAGUUUGACUGCUAUUGCUAAGGCUACUAAGGGUUUCUCUGGUGCUGAUUUGACUGAAAUUUGUCAACGUGCUGCCAAGUUAGCUAUCCGUGAAUCUAUUCAAAAGGAAGUUGACUUCAAAAGACAAAAGGAAGAAGAAAGAAAGGCCAAACAAAUGGAAGAUGAAGACGAAGACGAAGAAUUCGGUGAAGAAAUUGACUUUGUACCAUAUAUUACCAGAGCUCACUUUGAAGAAGCUAUGAGAUUUGCUCGUAAAUCUGUUCCAGAACAUGAAAUUAGAAAGUACGAAAUGUUCUCAACAUCUUUGCAACAAGCUGCCGGUGAUGUCAGAAGCUUCAAGUUCUCUGAUUAUGAUACUGCUGAUACCACAACUGCUUCAUCAACAACUGCUGAUCAAGUCCUCGACUCUGAUUUGUACGAAUAAUUCUGUUAAAUAAAAAAAGUAAAUAUAAUU